AUUCACUUCAGCCAUUGCAAUUUUAUUUGUACCGAUUUCUGAUCGUCUGUGGCACUAAAUACCUUUUGCAAAGCCUUUCACUAUCGUUGUGAAGAAGAUAAAAAGUACUAAGCAACUAAAGACAAAGGUUCUCAUUGCGGGUGACACCAAACGUGCCGUUUAUGAGCUACCAUUGAAACAUGUGUUGGAUUUACGGUUAUGGCCCAUGUGGAACCAAUUGUUAGUUCAGAAAGGGAACCGAUACAGUAUAGUGCAGUUCCUGGGAAGCCCCGAAUUUUAUUAGCUGCAAGUGGAAGUGUAGCUGCAAUAAAGUUUGGGAGUCUGUGUCACUCUUUUUCUGCAUGGGCAGAAGUUAGAGCAGUUGCCACCAAGGCAUCUUUACACUUCAUUGAUAAAGCAUCACUUCCUAAGGAUGUUGUUCUUUACAGUGAUGAGGAUGAAUGGUCCAGUUGGAAGAAAAUUGGAGACAAUGUGCUUCAUAUUGAGCUCCGCAGGUGGGCUGAUGUCAUGGUUAUUGCACCUUUGUCAGCGAAUACACUUGGCAAGAUCGCUGGGGGCUUGUGUGACAACCUCUUGACAUGCAUAGUUCGAGCCUGGGACUUUGGUAAGCCGCUUUUUGUUGCACCAGCGAUGAAUACCUUUAUGUGGAACAAUCCUUUCACACAACAGCAUCUUGAUUUAAUCAGCAAGCUUGGUAUUUCACUGAUUCCUCCGAUCACUAAGCGAUUGGCUUGUGGGGAUUAUGGCAAUGGUGCAAUGGCAGAACCUUCUGUCAUCUACUCUACUUUGAUGCUCUCUUUGGAAUCACUAGCACAAGCAACUGGUGGUAAUGGUCUAGAUUUAGCUGCGUUAUAGAUUGACAGUAUAAUGAAAUAACCAGAACAUAGUGGCUGUUGUAACAAUAUGUACCCAAGCUCAGUAAUUUGUUUCUGGAUAGAGUUCCCUUCACCCAAGGUGACGAGAAAAUCUCUUAAUCCAUGGGAUCUGACCCUCCAAUUGGAUGACUGAGAGAGGGUAUUUUGGACCAUUA